AGCUGGAUCAGCAAGAGAGCAGCUAGAGAAGGAGCCACAGCACAGUGAAAGAGUGUGUGUGUAUGAGCCUGCCUGCCUGCCUGCCUGCCUGCCUUCCUGCUUGCUUGACUGACUGUGUGUGUGUGUGUGAGAGAGAGAGAGAGAGAGGAGAGAGGAGAGUCAGGGAGCUUGUGGAUACUACUCCACCAGACUGCAUGUCUCUGGCAUCACUAGGGGAGCAGUCCACACAUUACAGAGACAGCCUAUACCAGGCCUAGCUGAGAAUCUCUAUCAUGGCGUCCAACAACACAGCAAGCAUCGCCCAGGCCAGGAAACUGGUAGAGCAGCUGAAGAUGGAGGCCAACAUUGACAGGAUAAAGGUGUCCAAAGCAGCAGCAGACUUAAUGUCGUACUGCGAAGCCCAUGCCAAAGAGGACCCACUCCUGUCACCGGUGCCCGCAUCCGAAAACCCUUUCAGAGAGAAGAAGUUCUUCUGUGCCAUCCUGUAAACGGGGUGUGGUUUAUUUGGUCUGACAGGAAGUCUGCUCAUAUUGGGACAUUGAACGAGGACGUUCAAUAUGUAGACAUCUUCUAACAGAAGGGCAUGGAGGAGUAGUACUGUCUCUUUCUCUACAAUGGAAGCUGAAGCAGGCAUUUAAAAACCACAGAGUAAGACGUAACCAUUUACAGCGGUCUGAUAUGACCUGAUCUGAGGGCAGUUUUUGAGGGCUGUGCAGCAUGUUUGAUGGAUCCAUCCGUGUAGUCAGAGGACAACCGAAGAUAGUAUGGUUAUCCACCCAGAAACAUGAUGGACAACCAAUCAACCAAGUCUUCAGGUUGCGUUUAAAAUUAAAUUAAAAUAAUGAAGGAAAAAAAAAUAAACAAAAAAAAUGUUGUGGUUCUUUUGGAACAUGAAAUCCAAGUGUUACGUUAAAUGGUGGGUUGGGUUGGGUAGAUGAGCUGCUUAUCACCAGAUACUAACGCCUGUUUAUCGGAAUGUUUUUAUUUUUGCUGUUGUUUAUUUUAUGCAGAUUUUGAUUCUGAGAUGAAAUGGUUUGGCUAUAUCACUUAGACAACUUUCUAUACUGUAUGUGAUUACUGAAACAGCUAUUUGAACUUUUUUUCUUCUUUACAUCGUUAGAAUUGGUGAAAGCUGUUUUAAUGGAAAGUUUGGACGUUCAAUUAAGUGAUAUUCUUUACAGACAUGUUUCUUUAAACUUCUUCUGAGAGAAGUAUACAACAUAUAUAUCUGGCAAUGUGGUACAGUAUGUGUUUCCUUCAGAUACAAGCUCUCUUUUUACUAUUUGUAUAAAAAUACUAGCAAGUAAACUGUGUUGUGCUGUGCGUUUUGAAUGUUUGUGUUUAUCAUUAAUAAUUGCAUGAAAUUAACUAUUUUUUAAUUUUAUUUUUAAUGUGGGGAUUGUAGGAACGAGGCAGCCUCCAUCUGGCAGUGCCAAAUGUAUUAAAAAGAUAACAAUGACUCAAAA